AUGGGGAAGAAAUUAGAUUCAAUUCGAAUGGGAAAACCAAAUGCUGGCGAUCAACCAACAGGUUACUUGCCUGUCCAGUUGGUCAGCGGAAGCUCAAGCUGUGAAGGCCGCGUUGAAGUGCUUUCUGACGGCCAAUGGGGAACAGUGUGUGAUGACACCUGGAAUAUAAGAGCUGCAACUGUUGUAUGCCAGCAACUUGGUUGCGGUGAAGCCGUCUCGGCUCUGGGAGGUGCUCCUUUUGGCCAAGGCACAGGAGAUAUUGUUUUGGACAAUGUGGAUUGCGAUGGAAAUGAGACAAGUCUGGGAGAAUGCUACCAUCAAGGAUUAUAUAAUAAUAACUGCAAUCACAGUGAAGAUGCAGGUGUUAUUUGUUCAGCUCACACAUAUUCUACAACACCAGAAGUAACCACUGCAACAUUGUUGACAACAGAAGGAACCACCCAAGCAAUAAGCACAACUGAGGAAACGGUUACUCCUGAGAUACCAACCACAACUCAAGGAGAGACUUCGCCAUCAGGAACAUCAGCAAAUCCUUUCUUCCUAAGACUGGUGAAUGGAGAGAACAGCUGUCAGGGUCGUGUUGAAGUCUAUCAUAAUGGGGAGUGGGGGACCGUCUGUGAUGAUGAAUGGGACAUUAAUGAUGCUCGCAUUGUCUGCAAAGAAGUUGGUUGUGGAGAAGUCAUUUCAGCUCCAACAAGUGCCCACUUUGGUCAAGGCUCUGGCAGCAUCCUUCUGGAUGCUGUACAAUGCAGUGGGGAUGAAUCUUCUCUUAAGGACUGCCCCCAUAAGGGAUGGGGGGUCCAUGACUGCAAACAUAAGGAAGAUGCCAGCGUCAUCUGCUCAGAACCUCUAACCACCGCAGAAGUACCCACCACACCUGAACCUAUAACCACUACAGUAGAACCCAUCACAUCUGGAACUCCACCACCACAAUCUACAGAACAGAGUGUUACAACUGAGAUUUCACCAUCAGAAACAUCAGCAAGCCCUUUCUCCCUAAGACUGGUGAAUGGAGAGAACAGCUGCCAGGGUCGCCUAGAAGUCCACCAUGAUGGGACCUGGGGAACUGUCUGUGAUGAUGAUUGGGACUUGAAGGAUGCUCAGGUUGUGUGCCAACAACUUGGUUGCGGAGAAGCCACUGCAGCCCCGCUAAGUGCCCACUUUGGCCAAGGCUCUGGCAGCAUCCUCCUGAAUGCGGUACAAUGUGAAGGGAAUGAAUCUUCUUUUGAGGACUGUUCUCAUAAUGGAUGGGGAGUCCAUGACUGCAAACAUAAGGAAGAUGCCAGUGUUAUCUGCUCAGGACCUCUAACUACCACAGAAACACCCAUUACAUCUGGAACUCCACCACCACAAUCUACAGAACAGAGUGUUACAACUGAGAUUUCACCAUCAGAAACAUCAGCAAGCCCUUUCUCCCUAAGACUGGUGAAUGGAGAGAACAGCUGCCAGGGUCGCCUAGAAGUCCACCAUGAUGGGACCUGGGGAACUGUCUGUGAUGAUGAUUGGGACUUGAAGGAUGCUCAGGUUGUGUGCCAACAACUUGGUUGCGGAGAAGCCACUGCAGCCCCGCUAAGUGCCCACUUUGGCCAAGGCUCUGGCAGCAUCCUCCUGAAUGCGGUACAAUGUGAAGGGAAUGAAUCUUCUUUUGAGGACUGUUCUCAUAAUGGAUGGGGAGUCCAUGACUGCAAACAUAAGGAAGAUGCCAGUGUUAUCUGCUCAGGACCUCUAACUACCACAGAAACACCCAUUACAUCUGGAACUCCACCACCACAAUCUACAGAACAGAGUGUUACAACUGAGAUUUCACCAUCAGAAACAUCAGCAAGCCCUUUCUCCCUAAGACUGGUGAAUGGAGAGAACAGCUGCCAGGGUCGCCUAGAAGUCCACCAUGAUGGGACCUGGGGAACUGUCUGUGAUGAUGAUUGGGACUUGAAGGAUGCUCAGGUUGUGUGCCAACAACUUGGUUGCGGAGAAGCCACUGCAGCCCCGCUAAGUGCCCACUUUGGCCAAGGCUCUGGCAGCAUCCUCCUGAAUGCGGUACAAUGUGAAGGGAAUGAAUCUUCUUUUGAGGACUGUUCUCAUAAUGGAUGGGGAGUCCAUGACUGCAAACAUAAGGAAGAUGCCAGUGUUAUCUGCUCAGGACCCCUCACCACCACAGAAAUACCCAUUACAUCAGAGAAUGCUCCAUCGGGAACAUCAGCAAGUCCUUUCGCCCUAAGACUGGUGAACGGAGAGAACAGCUGCCAGGGUCGCCUAGAAGUCCACCAUGAUGGGACCUGGGGAACUGUCUGUGAUGACGAUUGGGACUUGAAGGAUGCUCAGAUUGUGUGCCAACAACUUGGUUGCGGAGAAGCCACUGCAGCCCCACUAAGUGCCCACUUUGGCCAAGGCUCUGGCAGCAUCCUCCUGAAUGCAGUACAAUGUGAAGGGAAUGAAUCUUCUUUUGAGGACUGUUCUCAUAAUGGAUGGGGAGUCCAUGACUGCAAACAUAAGGAAGAUGCCAGUGUUAUCUGCUCAGGACCCAUCACCACCACUGAAACAUCCAUUACAUCUGGAACUCCACCUCCACAAUCUACAGAACAGAGGGUGACAACUGAGAAUGCACCAUCAGGAACAUCAGCAAGUCCUUUCUCCCUAAGACUGGUGAAUGGAGAGAACAGCUGUCAGGGUCGUGUUGAAGUCUAUCAUAAUGGGGAGUGGGGGACCGUCUGUGAUGAUGAAUGGGACAUUAAUGAUGCUCACAUUGUCUGCAAAGAAGUUGGUUGUGGAGAAGUCAUUUCAGCUCCAACAAGUGCCCACUUUGGUCAAGGCUCCGGCAGCAUCCUUCUGGAUGCUGUACAGUGCAGUGGGAAUGAAUCUUCUCUUAAGGACUGCCCCCAUAAGGGAUGGGGGGUCCAUGACUGCAAACAUAAGGAAGAUGCCAGCGUCAUCUGCUCAGGACCCCUUACCACCACAGAAAUACCCAUUACAUCUGGAACUCCACCUCCACAAUCUACAGAACAGAGGGUGACAACUGAGAAUGCACCAUCAGGAACAUCAACAAGUCCUUUCUCCCUAAGACUGGUGAAUGGAGAGAACAGCUGCCAGGGUCGCCUAGAAGUCCACCAUGAUGGAACCUGGGGAACUGUCUGUGAUGACGACUGGGACUUGAAAGAUGCUCAGGUUGUGUGCCAACAACUUGGUUGUGGAGAAGCCACUGCAGCCCCACUAAGUGCCCACUUUGGCCAAGGCUCUGGCAGCAUCCUUCUGAAUGCAGUACAUUGCAAAGGGAAUGAAUCUUCUUUUGAGGAAUGCUCCCAUAAUGGAUGGGGAGUUCAUGACUGCAAACAUAAAGAAGAUGCCAGUGUUAUCUGCUCAGGACCUCCCACCACCACAGAAGCACCCAUUACAUCUGGAACUCCGCCACCACAGUCUACAGGACAGAGCAUUACAACUGAUGAUUCUUCAUUGGGAACAUCAGCAAGCCCUUUCUCCCUAAGACUGGUGAAUGGAGAGAACAGCUGUCAGGGUCGUGUUGAAGUCUAUCAUAAUGGGCAGUGGGGGACUGUCUGUGAUGAUGAAUGGGACAUUAAUGAUGCUCAGGUCGUGUGCAAAGAACUUGGUUGUGGAGAAGCCACUUCAGCUCCACUAAGUGCCCACUUUGGCCAAGGCUUUGGCAGUAUCCUCCUGGAUGCAGUACAGUGCGAAGGGAAUGAGUUUUCUCUUGAGAAAUGCUCCCAUAAGGGAUGGGGAGUCCAUGACUGCAAACAUAAGGAAGAUGCAAGUGUCAUUUGCUCUGGAAAUGUUUCCUAUACUACAGGGAGCCCCAUUAUAAGUAGUGAGUAUUAA